GUCAUUUAUAUUUUGUAAUUUGUAAGCGAUGGCUAUGCGCGAUUUCUAAUGCAAAUCUCCUUGAUUUCUUUAAAUUUUUCUAAUAAUAUAUGUUUCUAUUGGUGUUAAAUAAAAUGUUACUUGCCUUGGUUUAAAAAUAUUUAUCCAGUAUCGCUUUUUGUUAUUCAUAAGACUCAUUCACAUAGUAUUGUUUGUCAUUAAAUCGUAACCAUGAAUGUGCUACCUGCCCAACCGAUUGGUAUUCAAAGUACUGCUGGUGCUGUUCCUGUUCGAAAUGAAAAAGGUGAAAUAUCUAUGCAAAAGGUGAAAGUACAAAGAUAUAUAUCAGGAAAAAAGCCAGACUAUGCUCAAGGAGUAUCAUCGUCUGAAGAAUCAGAUGCUGAAGACUUUAUAGAACAACAAAGACCAGAGAGAAGGCAUGUUAUUGCACCUGUUAUUGGAAAAGAUGACCACAGUGAUUCAGAGCAAGAAGUCGAUGAUCCUCGGUUACGCCGUCUCCGUAUGGCGGUGCAGUCGCCGCCGCGACGUUCGGAGCACAAACCGGAGAUCAUUGACGCAGAGCCUGAUGAGCCUGAACCAGAAUCUAGUGAAGAUGAGGCACGACACAGUUCAGAGAGUGAGGACGAACUGGACGAAGAAGAGAUUGAGCGACGCAGACAGGCUGUUAAAGCUAAAUUGGCUGCAAGGGAGGCAGAAAAAGAGGUUUUAGGGCGGGAUGAUGAGGAAGAAAUGCUGGAUGGUGAUAAGGAAGAGAGUGGUUCAUCUGACACAGAUUAUACUGACAGUGAAGAGGAAACAGGUCCAAGAGUAAAGCCAGUAUUUGUGAGAGCAUCAGAAAGGAUGACAGUAGCGGAACGGGAAAGGAAAGUGAAACAACAGAAGAAGGAGGAAGUGGAAGCUAGAAGGGAGAAGGAGGAGAGGAGACGGGAGGCGUUGAAACUCGUCGAGGAAACUAUACGCGCGGAACAGAGGAAUACUCAGGCGGAACAAAAAGAAGCAAACAUAAACGACGUGUGCACGGACGACGAGAACGACGAGCUGGAGUACGAGGCGUGGAAGCUGCGCGAGAUGAAGAGGAUCAAACGGGACAAGGAGGAGCGGGAGGCCGUUGAGAAGGAGUGGCUCCAAACGGAGCGUCUCCGCAACAUGACGGACGACGAGCGGCGCGUGGAGCAGCGCCUCAACCCCAAGCUCGUCACCAACAAGCCCGUCAAGGGCAAGUACAAGUUCCUGCAGAAGUACUACCACAGAGGUGCAUUUUAUUUGGACAAAGAGGAAGACGUAUUCAAACAAGAUUUCUCUGGAGCGACGUUGGACGAUCACUUUGAUAAGACUGUUUUACCAAAGGUGAUGCAAGUUAAGAAAUUCGGUCGUUCCGGUCGCACGAAAUACACGCACUUAGUAGAUCAAGAUACAACGGAGUUCGAUUCCGCGUGGAACAAUGAAAGUUCAGCCGCGCGAUUAUCUAACUUUAGAGGGGGCAUGAAACAGGUGUUCGAAAAACCAUCCGCGAAGAGGAAACACGCUGUAUAAGAAGAAAGUUAUUACAAUAAGAAAAGAAGAGUUGUGGAAAAGGAACACCUGUAUACACAAUGAAUAAGAGAUAAAGAGGGUAAUGGAAAAGGAACACCCUGUAUACAGACUGAUGAUAUAGGGAAAUUUGUAAGGAGGAUAAAAUAAAAUGCAGAAGAAUGUUAACAAUGAAGUUGGCAAGGAAAUAACAGUG